AUGUUUUUUCUUUCACCUGAAGUUCAACUUGACGUUUUAAAAUGUCUUAAUUUCGAGCAAUUAUUCUCUCUUAAACAAUCAAAUUCUUGCUUUUAUAAUUUAAUAAAUAAAUACGAGGGAGGAUUGGCACGAAUGGAAUUUGGUAAACUCUCUUUGAUUGAUACCAGAAAAAUCCAUAGUCAAGAGAUGGAUUACUAUAAAUUCAUUAAACUUGAGCCUGUAAUUUCUGAUUUUGUUUUGGAUGAUCAACUUAUGAAGAAGUGGCAAGCAGCGAUGGCUGAAUCUAUUCCAUUGUAUCUACAUAUGUUUGAAGAUGGUAUUGAAAGCUUUGCUGUUCAGCUUGAGAAAAAGGGUAUUGACGCUUAUAAGGUAUAUACCACGGAAUGA